AUGGAUAAUAUGAAUUUCUGCGUUGAACGUGGCAAGGGAAGAGGCAGUUUGCUAAGAUUAAAUCAAAUGAAAGAUGUCAAAGUGUCAGACAACUUCGGAGAAAUUUUUUGGUCUUUGUCAUUUGGGAUAGCUUUCGCUGUUGUAUGCGUUGUGCAUAAGAUGCCUAUUGAUCUUAUCCUGAAUGCGGAUGGCAACAGCGUUUGUGCAGACUGCAAGUCCACGUGUGUUCUUGGUCUCUCCACAGACUAUUCCGUAUUCAUCUGUAAGGAGUGCACAGAGACUCACGUAAAACUGGGCGGCGGAUGGCGAUCAUUGGCCUCCCUAAGCUCCUCAACUGAAGCGGAACUGAAAAUUCUCCUCCCGGGCAAUGGCAAUCGCCAGGUCAACGAAGAGCUUGAGGCCGAACUUCCCACCUACUAUCGACGCCCUUGGCCUGGUCCUACCUGCCCAGCCUUCUUUCGUGAGGCCUUCGUGCACUGCAAGUACAUCGUACGGGCAUUCAGCAAGGGUGCUGGUGCCCAGGGUCUUCAAGUGGGUUUCUCCAACAGCACAAAGAGUGGCCAGUUGCUCAAAAAGUUACGCGAUGCAGCCCAAUUCGCUCCUCGCCUCUUUGAAAUCAAUUCUACUACGAAUACCUUUAAGUACUUUGUAAAGUUGACGGACACCGAGCCCAAAGAGUGUAUCGAUGUGGAGCGGUGCAACAUGACCUUUGUGGAUUGUGAGGCCUUUGGCGUGCCUCCCAACACAGCUCUUAUUCAAUUCGUACAGGAUCACUCAACCCGUCACAUCUUCGUUCGAAGUGAGGACAGUCAUGAGAUCCUCAAUUGGUACAAUACUCUGCGGCUGUGUAAGUACCAACGCUUGCGACUUCACCUCUCAGGAACAGGGCAAAAGGUUUCGAUGGAUGAGAUUGUCUCAUACUUGACCUCAGACCUUGGGAAAUUCGGCUGGCUGUUGAAGAGUGGUCCCGAUGCUAGCUACGCCUUCCGACGACGUUGGGUAAUGUUGACAAAGCGCUGGCUUCUUUACACUUCAACACCACAGUCGGCCUUUGCCAAGGGCGAGAUAUUCAUCGGAGCAUCAGGAGACGGCUAUUCGGUGCAGGGCAAGCCGCCUAAAUCUUGGAAGAAGGUGCCAACGGACUUUCCCAUCACGUUAAACACCCCCGAUCGCUCCUUUGUCUUCUGCGCUGCCUCGGAGGAGGAACGUGGUUAUUGGCUGAAUGCCAUCUCCGCCAUUAUUGAGCGCCCUGUCACUCUCCUUGAGGCCAAGGAGGCGGCUCCUGCGCUUACAAGGAAACGAUCAAAGAUUGACGACGACGACCAUGAAGCUUUGUCAAAGAACAAAGGCGCUAGCAGCACAUCAGACGAUGAAUUAUACUUCAGGUCAUAUUCCUUCACUGAUGUUCAUGCUCUCAUGCUGUCGGACAAAGUUCGCACAUUGACGUACCAACUCGCACUGACACGAGCCCGACGACGUCUGGAGGGUGGGGUGCUGUUGGACGUCGGCUGCGGCACGGGCAUCCUCUCAAUGUUCGGCGCCAAGGCUGGCGCCGCUCAUGUCUAUGCUCUCGAUGGUGUUGCCAAACUCUGCCACCUUGCUCGACAAAUUAUUGCUGAGAACAAUUUCUCCUCCCGCAUCACAGUAAUAAACAGCAAAGUGGAGGACGCACAACUUGGCGUUGAUCGUGUGGACGCCAUAGUGAGUGAGUGGAUGGGUCACGCGCUCCUCUACGAGAAUAUGCUGCCUUCGUUGCUCAGCGCUCGAGAUCGGUACCUCCUUCCACCUCACACCUCCACUGUUGAUUUGGCUAGUUGGCGUCGGGAACGCCUCUUUCCUUGUCGCGCCUCAAUCUUCAUUGCCGCUUUCUCGGCAGCUGCUGUGAAUGGAGACACUGGUGGUUAUGAUGAAGAGGAGCAGGAGCAGGAGGUGGAGGAGGAGGAUCCUGUUGAGAACGUAAAGCAGUGGGAGGAACUCUCCGAACUCUAUGGCGUGAAUCUGACAGGGGCGUUUGCGUCUGCGGUGCAGCAGGAUUUGGAGAGACGCGUCCACGUUGACAUGAUUGAUGCGAGGUGUGUCGUUACUACAACAUCGGAGGUAGCCACACUGGAUUUGGCGACCCUUUCACUUGAGGAAUUGUCUACUCACGGCGUGAAGGGCACCUUCGAGGUGAAAUCAAUGGGCACGGUCUCGGUCAGGGGCUUCGUCAUUUGGUUUUCCGUGCAGUUUCCACACGGCGAUGUGCUCUCUACUUCACCCUAUAAGGCUUCCACCCACUGGCAGCAGUCGUUGCUUUACCUGUCAGGACCGUUGCCACUUGAACAAGAUGAAGUGUUGAGUGGAGAGGUGCACUUCACCCACCCCGAGGACGCGCCUCGGGAUCUAAGCAUUUCUAUCGACUUUUCGGUGAACAAUUCGCACGAGACGCGUGUCAAGGCCAACUACCUCCUGUCAAGUUGA